UCGUUCACUCACAUGUGAGAUUUGACACAAUACACUUCCGCUUAUACAAUUAACUUUUUUUGUGCUAUAUCCUUAAAUAAAUUAAUUAUAUGAAGCGUUUUUAAGAUAUAGCGACAAUAGAUUUCUGGAAGUCUUUAUAUAACAUGUUUAUUAAAAUGUAAUUUGCGACAACGAGCACUCUUGAUGCAAUUUAGAUAAUUCUCUCAUUAAUGUUUAGAAGUAAUAAAUUAAUUCAAGGAAUUUCAAGUAAGUUAACACCUCGUUUGUGCCAUAUAAUCCCUAUGCUGAGACUGUUGUCGUUAAUCGUUGGACGUACAGCGCACAUUACACCAAGUCAUAAAUUCAGUACAGCAUCAGUCAUGGCAAAAAGUAAGUUUGAGUACGUGAGAAACUUUGAGCUUGACGACACGUGUUUGAGAAACUGCUACAUUGUGGUUCGACUGGAUGGACGCAACUUCCAUAAGUUUUCAGAUCAGCAUCAGUUCAUUAAACCCAAUGACAACAGAGCUCUGUGUCUGAUGAGCCGCAGUGCCCGUUCAGUCAUGGAGGAACUAGAUGACAUCACUAUCGCAUAUGGACAGAGUGAUGAGUUCAGCUUUGUGUUCAAGAGGUCAACCAACUGGUUCAAAAGGAGGACCAGUAAACUGAUGACCCAUGUGACUUCCCAGUUUUCCUCUAGCUUUGUUUUUUACUGGAAGGAGUAUUUUGGGGAGCAGCCACUGCUGUACCCGCCCAGCUUUGAUGGCAGGGUGGUGCUGUAUCCUAGCAACCGUAACCUUAGGGACUAUUUAAGCUGGAGACAGGCAGAUUGUCACAUCAACAAUUUGUACAACACUGCGUUCUGGACAUUGGUGCAGAAAGGUGGACUGACCACAACUCAAGCUGAGGACAGGCUUAAUGGAACACAAGCUGCAGAUAAGAAUGAGAUCUUGUAUUCAGAGUUCAAUAUCAAUUACAAUAAUGAAACUGCACUGCACAGAAAAGGCACGACUUUAAUAUGGGAAAAGGUGAAUGAAACGACAACAAAACAUAUUAAGCGACCCAGUGAGGAAGAGACAGAAGUUACUGUGACACGGACCAGGAAGACAGUUACUGCACAUUCCUGCGAUAUCAUUGGAGACCAGUUCUGGGAAGAACAUCCAGAUAUUCUGGAAAGCGACCAAUGUUAAACACCAGGUUAAAAAGCCUGGACCAUGCCAAAAAUGCAUCUACUUUUUAUGUUGAUAUUUAAUAAAGAAUAAUAAAAUAAAUUGUUCUGUUUUUUUUUUUUUUGAGAGAAAAAAAAUAAUAAUGGGGAGGCCACUGAUUCUUGAGAUGUGAAAUAAAACACCUCCCACAAUUUGACCUGGCAUUACGUUGGAAAAUAGCACCACUUUUUACUUAGAAUGUGCUUUAUCAAUCCAUACAAAAUUAUUCAUUUUUCUUUCUAAAACCACCCAUCUUCAGACGAACUCAGUACAUUAGAACUUUACAAAAAAUGUACAAAUUUAAAUAUGUAUCUUAAUAUAAACAUUACUACUAUGUCCUGACAGAAUAAAGAGGUUACUUUUGAUAAUAUUCUUUCAUUUAAAUCUUCACAGCUGUUUCUCUGUUUAUGAAAACAUUUAUAAAAUCAGGCAUCAUUUAAGUCAGACCUCUUUUCAUAUUUGACUGUUAUGAAUUCAACAAGGCCACACAUGCUUUUAGUUUUAUAAUCUUAGGUAACUGUAACUAUAUUUAUUGUGUUGCAACUAUGUUAUGUCAGCUCUCACACAAAAUUGUAAGAAAUGGUUUGGGACUUUCCCUUAUUUUAACAUACUGCUUGUGAUUUAUUGGCAGCGCCUGUGUGAAGUCUUCCCUUCCUCUUUAUAUUCUCUCAUUUGUCUUGCCUUCCCCAUCAGAUCGAUGUGUUCUGUUCAGUCUCACUUCCGGUUGUAUUUCUAUCCUGUCCUGUCAUCCAGUCUGUUUGUUCUCCCUCGAGAGUGUUUUCUUUGUAUUUUGUUGGUUUUUCAUUUCAAUAAAAACACUUUUCA